CUCUGGGGAACGGUGAGGGCGGGAUCGAGGGCUAGAGAGGCCGGAAGUAGGGCGAGCCCGGGGACGCGCUGGCCGCGUCGGCGGUGGGACGCCUCGGUUCCUCUCCGGUUCUUCACUCGCGGCUCGGGGGCAAGGACGCCCCAGAAGAACCUUGGGAUGGACGAAGAGGGAGUGCGGCAGCCCUCCGGGCCACCCACGAGGAAGAAAUUCUUCAUACCGCUGGGCGAAGAUGAGGCCCCUCCUGCAGGGGUCAAGCCCUUAUUCAAAUCCACCCGGAGCCUGCCCACCAUGGAGGCCUCACCUCAGGCAGCCCCUCAGACGUAUGCCGAGUAUGCCAUCUCGGGACCUCCAGGAGGGGCUGGAGCUCCACACCCCAUGGGGCCAGAGUCCCUGGCAGGAGAGACCCCCAAUCAGGCCCCCAAACCAGGGGCGAAAUCCAGCAGCAUCAUUGUGAGCCCCCGCCAGAGGGGCAACCCCGUGCUGAAGUUUGUGCGUAACGUGCCCUGGGAGUUUGGUGACGUCCUUCCCGACUACGUGCUGGGCCAGAGCACCUGUGCCCUAUUCCUCAGCCUCCGCUACCACAACCUCCACCCAGACUACAUCCACGAGCGGCUGCAGAGCCUGGGGAAGAGCUUCGCCCUGCGGGUCCUGCUCAUCCAGGUGGAUGUGAAAGAUCCUCAGCAGGCCCUCAAGGAGCUGGCCAAGAUGUGCAUCCUGGCUGACUGCACCCUGGUCCUUGCCUGGAGCCCUGAGGAGGCCGGGCGGUACCUGGAGACCUACAAGGCCUAUGAGCAGAAGCCGGCGGACCUCCUGAUGGAGAAGCUGGAGCAGGACUUCGUCUCCCGGGUGACUGAAUGCCUGACCACAGUGAAGUCAGUCAAUAAAACAGACAGCCAGACCCUUCUGACCACUUUUGGGUCUCUGGAACAGCUCAUGGCCGCAUCGCGGGAAGAUCUGGCUUUGUGCCCAGGCCUGGGACCCCAGAAGGCCCGGAGGCUGUUUGAUGUCUUACACGAGCCCUUCUUGAAAGUGCCCCGAUGACCGAUGGCCGCAGCUGUGAAGGAGGCCCUCGGUGUAACAAUAAAGCCGUUUUCCUGGCUCAGGCUGCUGCUGG